CGACUCGAUCGACACCGUUCUUGCUCUCGUUGCUGCCAACGACGCCAUUGGCACUGACACCACCGUCCGGAACCCACCAAAAGAACCGCAUAUCCCGGGUGCCAAUCGAUUCCGAUCGGAUCGGAUUGAAUCGCAUCGCAUCGGAUCUCUCAAACCAAACAAAAGCACCCAGCGGCGAUGCACCGCCACCCACGGAAAGAAACCGGCACCUCCCUGCGUUCCCACCGCCACCGCCGCCACCAGAAACCCCGGUCGGAUCGAAACCGGGCCCGUCCCUUGCGCUCCGCGGCGGUCCUGCUGGCACUCGCUUUUGCCGCCACAGCGAUGGGSCCUUCGUCGGCCCURACACYGUCCUCCCAGCUCCUCAAGGGRAAACGGGUCCUGGUCACCGGGGCCGGCCGCGGGAUCGGCCGCGCGAUCGCCCUCAUCUGCCACCGGGAGGGCGCCAGCGUGGUCGUCACCGCCCGGACCGAGAGCGAGCUGAAAGAAACCGUCCGCCUUUCCAGGAACGAGGACGAGAACAAGAACGAGGAGGCGGGCCUGCGCCUGGCGCAGGCSUCGAGGGCCGCGGAGCUCCUCUCCCGCCGGGACCGGAUCCCUUCCCCGCGGGGGGCGACCCCUUCGCCCGGCAGGGCCACCAGCGUGGGGGCCCGGCGGUCCGGGAGCGCGACGAGGGCCCGGGCGGGCCGGUCGUCCCUGUCCAGGCUGACGGACGCGGUCCGGACGGGGAGUGCUUCGGUGGCGGCCUCGAACCGCAACGAACSGUGCGAAAGCAACCAAGACGAAAGCGAAAGCGAASACGAGCCACCGGGCAUGGUCUGGUACCGGUGCGACGUGACCGACGCGUCCGAGGUCGAUUCGGUGGUCCGGCAGAUCCUCGAAGAGGAGGGAGACAUCGACGUCCUGGUCAACAACGCCGGUGGGUCCCAGUCUCYCAAGGGACCCGUCGGCACCCUCGACGGGGAGGACCUCGAGAGCCUCCUCCGGCUGAACGUCGUGGGUCCGAACCUGGUCACCUCGGCCGUGUGCAAGCACUCUCCGUCCUGGAAGAGAAUKGAGGCGGGCGAGGGCGAAAAGGUCGUCCUGAACGUCUCGUCCAAGGCCGGAAAGGUCGGUCUGGAGAACUACUCCUUCUACGUGGCCACCAAGUUCGCACUGGAGGGGCUCACCUCCAGCUGGUCCAAGGAGCUCGCCAGGUACGGCGUCCGGGUGCAUUCCAUCAGCCCCGGGAUGGUCGACACCAAGAGCUUCCCGAAACCGGCCGGAAAGAAGGGGGUCCGGGAGGCCUCCUCGAUCCGGGAGUGCCUGCUCCUGGCCCUCGCCGGGAGGAUCCCCCCGUCGCCUCCGGAGGACGGCGGCGAUGCCAGCGACGGGAAGGUCAUCGAGAACAUGAUGGACUACACCGGCCACUACAUCCACGUCGACGAAUUCGACCAGGUGGUCCGAGAAAAAGGCAUCGGGGAGGCCCACCUGGCGUGGAAACCGAUCGACGAGGCCCCGUUUCGGGUGUGACGAAACCAAAAACCCAAAACAACAAAACAACCAACAGGCCACACAGAGCAACAGAGGGGAGAAACGCAACGUCACUAAACRCACAAACCAAUC